UUCCGUCAUGGCUGCGGCUUGCUAUGCUGCUUUUUUAUUAAAGUGUGUAUUAUUAUAAAUGCUUUAUGAAAAUAAAUGUCUACUUAAUCUCUGAAACCAACAUAAUGACUUCUUUUGCUAAAUUUGUAUCUGAUUACUGUAAAACGUGGGAUAAGACAGGAAAAGAGCAAUUUAUGAAAAAUGUUAAUCAGUCUAUCAAGGAUGAAGAAAAAAGCCCACUUUUUACAAAAUCAGGAAAAUUGUCGGGAUUCUCUCAGAAUAUUUAUGAUUUGCUUCUAUGUGGUCUUCGAGGAACUCUAAAGAAAGAUGUUGUUCUUACAACAUUAAAAGAAAUUACUAUGCUCCAUGCAGAUAUACCAUCUAUUAUAUUAGAUGUAAUUUGUGUAUUUGAUGCAGAAACUUGCAUAGACAUGCAAAGUGAUGAGCGCACAAAUUACUGCUAUAUUGUAAGGGAAUUAGAAACAUUUAUGUCUGAUAAACUUUUAAAAGAAAGACUUGAAAUUGACACUCUUCAAGAUGUUGGUACUUUGAAGAAUAAAAACUUUUAUACCAAAUUUAUUAAAAUUAAGACUAAGCUGUAUUACAAACAGCGUAAGUUUAAUUUAUUCCGUGAAGAAAGUGAAGGUUAUGCUAAAUUAAUUGUUGAAUUAAAUCAAGAAAUAAGUGAAGAUACAGAAUGGAAAACAUUGUUAGAAAUUAUUCAAUCAUUGAUAGGUUGUUUCAAUUUAGACCCAAACAGGGUUUUAGAUAUAAUUUUGGAGUCUUUUGAAGCACGUCCACAUUUGGAUGACUUGUUUAUCCCAUUGAUCAAAAUUUAUAUGGGUGACCCUCAAGUGAUUUCAGAAGUGUUAGGUUUCAAAUUAGGAAACAUGGAAGUACAUGAUAAUUUGAAGGAACCACCACCAUUAAUGUCCGUGAUAGCUUUGCUUUUACAGCAUCAGGUUAUAUCUUUAGAUGAUAUAUAUCCUUGGCUACGUCCUGAUGAUACUAUUAUGGCUAAAGAAGCAGAUAAGGAAAUAAAAUCUGUACAAGAUUAUAUACGUAAAUUGAGCAUUGUUUCCACAAAAGGACCUCAAGCUAAUGGGCCCACGGAAUUUAUUGAAGAAAAGGCUGACCCACAGGAAUAUUGGAGCAAUCAAAAGCUAGUGCUUGGAGAGUCAUUACUAAAAGUGACAGCAUGGCGUGAGUUUGCCGCGUUGUCUGCGCGGCUGCCCACUAGCAGUAUGCCGGCCCGACCAGCAAUAGCCCUAUGCAAUAUGUUACACGCUCUUAUAGAACCCUUGUACAGAAUACAUUGUCGAGUUGCUCCAAAAAUAUUGGGUAAGCCUGUCCCGCCAUUAAAGUCAAAUUUAGCGCCACCUGUUUGUAAAACAUUUGAAGAUAUGAAAGAGACUGUUAUUCCUGCAUUAAUAUUACUCGGACCUUCACUACAUCAUGAUCCUAUACUUAUGUACAAGAUAAUUCGUAUAUUGAGAACAGCGCGUUCAAAAUCUGAUGAUCCUUUACACUAUGAAGCACUUACUGUACUUGAUGCUGCAAUAUUGCCAUCACUCACACUUAUGGAAGGAAAUUGUUGCAUGGCAGAAGAGGUUUACACUCUUCUCAAAUUGUAUCCAUAUCAAUGCAGAUACUGCUUAUACUCAAGAUGGAAAAAUGAGGCGGGCGAACGAUUUCCAUCAUUGAUGCGCGUGCGAGGCAAUUCUUUGCAAAGAAUUAAACACAUCAUGAAACGAGUGUCCAAGGAAAACAUCAAGCCUCAAGGUCGCCUCAUUGGGAAAUUAUCUCACGCUGCGCCAGCUUUUCUCUUCGAUUAUAUGCUUUUACAGAUCCAAACCUAUGAUAACUUGAUCGGGCCCGUGGUGGAAUCGCUGAAGUACCUGACGUCGCUGUCGCUGGACGUGCUGGGGUGCUGCCUGCUGGAGGCGCUGGUCCGUCGCGGGUCUUCGGGCGCGGCUCACCCGCCCUGGCUACAAGCACUGGCCGCAUUCGCCGGCGCAGCCUUCAAGAAACACAAUAUCGAGCUCACCGCCCUCCUGCAGUUCGUCGCGAACCGACUCAAGGCUCAACAGAGUCAAGAUUUGCUAAUUCUAAAAGAAAUAGUACAGAAGAUGGCUGGAAUUGAAGCAGCCGAAGAAAUGACAUCAGAACAAUUGGAUGCAAUGGCUGGUGGAGAAUUGCUUAAGGGAGAGGCUGGUUAUUUUUCACAAGUGCGUAACACAAGAAGAUCUUCGGCUAGAUUAAAGGAAGCCAUAGUCGGGAACAACUUGGAUAUCGCUCUAUGUAUAUUGUCUGCUCAACAGCGACAUUGUUGUGUUUGGAAAGAAUCUGUAGAAGAAAGCAGUUCUAGCGGUGAACCACCGGGAUCGCAAUUAAAAGUUGUUGGCAGAUUAGCUGAUCAGUGCCAAGACGCUCUUGUUCAAUUGGGAACAUUCCUCGCAUCUUCGCAUGCACCAGACGAAUAUGCCGCCCGACUACCUUCAUUGCAGGAAUUGUUACGUGACUAUCAUGUAGAUGCCGAUGUCGCCUUUUUCCUACACCGUCCAGUACUUGCUCAAAAAAUCGCGGCAAGAGUGGAAGUGUUGAGGAAAAGUUCUGAUGUGAAAUCUGACUCCUUAGAAAAAAGCAUUGAAAGAUACACUUCUGCUGCAAAAGAGACUUUGGAACCAAUAUUGUUAUCUGUAACACCAAUGCUGCCUACCAGAGUGUGGGAAGAUAUUUCGCCAGAGUUUUACGUCACUUUUUGGUCUCUUUCAAUGUACGAUCUGCGUGUACCGGUGGAAAGUUAUGAACGCGAGAUAGAUCGUUUGAAGACUGCUGCGGCAAACGUCGCUAAGGAUACUUCCCAAGGGACCAAAGGGAAAAAGGAGCAAGAACGUUACAAUACUCUAAUUGAAAAACUACAGGAGGAGCGGCGCCGGCAGCAGGAGCACGUGUCGCGCGUGUCGGCGCGGCUGCAGCGCGAGUGCGGCGGCUGGUUCCCGGCGCGCGCCGUCAAGUCCGCCAAGAACGAGACGGUGACGCGGCUCAUGCAGCUGUGCCUGUUCCCGCGCUGCGUCUUCACCGCCGCCGACGCCCUCUACUGCGCGGAGUUCGUGCACACCGUGCACUCGCUCAAGACUCCCAACUUCUCAACGCUGCUCUGCUAUGAUAGGCUGUUCUGCGACAUCACGUACUCGGUGAUGUCAUGUACGGAGGGCGAGGCGGUGCGGUACGGGCAGUUCCUGCAGCGCGUGCUGGGCACGGCCAUGCGCUGGCACGCCGACCGCGCCGCCUUCCACGCAGAGUGUGCACACUACCCGGGCUUCGUUACCAAGUACCGCGUCUCCAACCAGUUCACGGAGGCCAAUGAUCACGUCGGAUACGAGAACUACAGACACCUAUGUCACAAGUGGCACUACAAAAUCACUAAGGCCAUGGUAGUGUGCCUUGACUCAGGUGAUUACGUGCAAAUACGUAACGCUCUCAUCGUACUUAUACGAGUACUGCCCCAUUUUCCAGUGCUUGAAAAAUUAGCACAAAUCAUCGGGAGAAAAGUGGAUAAGGUAAAGGAUGAGGAAAAAACACAGCGCCAAGAUUUGUAUGUGUUAGCUACAGGAUAUAGCGGACAGUUGCGUAAUAAAGUACCCAACAUGAUGAGAGAAAGUGAUUUCCACCAGGUGAGUGAUAAGCACAAAGUGGUGAACACCGCGGCGACGCCUGCGGCUACCGUUAAGGAAGAGACUAAUUCCGUAAAGCAAGAUCAAGAAAUGACCUCUUCACCGCCACAAUCUCAAGAUGCCGAAAAGCGGGAGUCUCGUAACAGUGAUAAACGCCGAGAUGAAUCUGACAGAGACAAAGAAAGCAAAAGAGAAUCACGAUCGUCGAUGAAAGAAAGGUCAAAAGAAGAAAUGAGAAACAAAGAGAGAUCGCCUAGAGAACGUUCACAUAGGGAGGACCGUUAUUUGGAGACUGUUUCCCCACCGCAUGAUCAUCGUCAUCCACCCGAUGACAUUGAACGAGAUGUGAAGCGUCGUAAAGUAGAAACCUCCGGAAAUGGCAAGGGUAACAAAGACAUAGAGGAACGGUCCCCUGAGAAGGAAAAGCGAAAAACAAAAGUCAGGGGCGAUGACCGUAAAGAACGUAAGAUGAAUCGCAAGAGGGAUAGAGCAGAUGACACAACAAUAAUGGAACAAAAGCGUCGACGUGAUGAACAAAAAGCUAUUAUUAAGAUGGGAAGUCACCAAAAUGGUUCGCAAGAAGAUCAUCAUUAUGAAAAAUAUCAUAAAAGGGAUAAAUCACCGUUCCGAGAUCGCUCUCAUGAGGAACCAAGGGACAAACAAUAUCCUUUUCAAUUGUUAUAUAUAUCGCACAAUACGGGUAGUUAUUCGUUUUUUCACCUAGAAAUGUAUUUAACGCGACCCCUUUGGCAGUUGUAAUUUUGUUGAUUUGCAAUAAUUAUUAAAACACCGUCAUUUUAUCAUGCACAGCUCGAAAAUCUGAUUAUUAAGAUUAUGUUCAGAUUUUCCAAAUCACUUUUCAAUUAUAUAGUGUACAAAAUGUAAAUAAUAAAUAUGAAUAUUUCUUUUUCUUUACUACUACGAUACCACUAAGCAUCACGAUGUGUCUAAAUUACACGACAAACCUUUUUUUAGACACCUUUAUUAUAUUUUCUAGAUUUUCUGAAAGAUUGGCUUUCUUGUACAUUACAUUUACCUUGUUGUUGCCUCUUAAAGUCGAGAUUUCUGAUACAUAACAACCAUAAUCAGUUAAAUGUAUCGAGUAGACAGCUUUGUGCAUAAAACUGUCACAUGGUAUUAAAAUUGUUUUUAGGUUAUUUCUGAGUAUCUACAGCUACACAUUUUCGUAACAGCCUACACUAUAUUAAUCAUAUGUACAAUAAUAUUGUACCGAAAAUUUCCUUAACAUUACUAUACUAGACGGUCAAAUGAAUCAAAAAUGAGAAGAUAGAAUCAAUUUGAAGAUUAGAAGCUGGAUGAAGACAAGUUAAUUUUAACUAUCUACUAAUGAUAUUUCAUUAUGCAUGUGACAUAAAAAUGAAAUUUAAUAAAAAACAUAAGGUCCAUUUCGAAGUUUCUAUUUGCUCAAUCACGAUUAUAAAUUGGACUCCAUAAAAGUAUAAGUUAUCUUAAAUGUAGUCUAACAAUAUAAUAAUAACAUCACGUAUAUUUUUAUAUCACUAUACUAUUUUUCUAUAAGUGCCAUAUGUUGUAACUUAUUUAGGCAUUUCUAUUUAAAAUUUCGAAAUGAAAAAAUAGCUAGAAAAAAUAUGUUAAAUAUGUAUUCUUGUAUAACAUUUUAGUUAUGCUAUUAAAAAAAAAACAAUAUGUACCAAGAAUUGACUUCAAGCAAUGACAAUAGUUCUGUAUUUUCAAUAUAUUCCUUAGUUGUAAUAAGUAGGUAGAGGUGUAAAUAGAUACUAUUAAAACUUAAUACAUAUUACCACAAUUGUACAUAAAUAUUUUUUAUUAAUUACUAAUAAUAAUAAUAAAAAUUUAUACAGUACAGCUUUAAAAA